AAAAUCCUUGCAAUGGCUUAUGGGAUAUUCAAAAUGGCAGCUCCCAUGUCUAAAUUGUCAAUGGUAAAAAAAUUAUUUGACAAGAGUCUGAAAGUCACAGACAGAAGGUUCAUAUCGAAGUAUAUCUCUGAAACAUCUGGAAGUCGAAUUCCUAUCUUAACUUUGUCUGGGUCUCUUUUACACAAAAGGCUCAUGUGUCAAAAUGUAACAACAACAGACAGAAUCUUCAUUGAUACACACAGUGCAGUCAAAGCUUUGGAGAAGAGUGGUUUAACAGUAGAACAGGCUGAAUGUUUGACAGGAAUCUUGAUGAAUAUCAUGGAAAAAAGCACUGAGCUAAAUCAUAAAGAACUUGUAAAUAAACAACAACAGGAAAUGGUGAUACAGCAAGUGAUGUCCCACAUAGCCUCUGUUAAGAAGGACAUGGUGAUCCUAGAAAAAAGUGAAUUCUCUGCUCUUAGAAGUGAGAAUGAGAAAUUGGCAAUAGAAGUCAACCAACUUAGGCAACAAUUAGCUGAUGAAAUCCAAAAGCUUGCCAACACAGUGAAAUUAGACAUCAAUCUCGAGAGGAGUCGAUCAAUAGAGAUGUCUGCAGGGCAGGAACAAGAACUAGAGAAGGUUACCCAAAGGAUACGAACAGAGGUGGCCAACAUGACAGCAAAAUUAGAAGCUACCAAAACAGAUAUGAUCAAAUACUUUGCCGGAACCCUCCUUGGGUGUUUAACGUUAGGUCUUGGUUUUUAUCGCAUCCUUCUCAUGUGACAUCUAGCACCUUGUCUUCCUCCUUGUAAUUAUCCUCACCAAGUAAUUUAAAAUAUCACUGUGCAGCAAUGAGACAGAUGUCAGCAUGUAGUGCCAGUUUGUUAGAUCUUGGCCAAGUAACCCAAUUCCCAGCUUUUGAUGACAGUGGUAAAUUUUAUACUUGAUUACAUUAACAAUCAUGUGUAAUCAAGCGUUCAUGCCAACUGUACAAUCAAUCAUUAAUGUUUGUUUCAUUGCACCUUGGAUACAUAAUAUUGCAUUUUAAGGUUCUUGAUGUCAUAGCAUUUAAUAAAUUAAAAUGUAUGUGCUUUUGUGAUAGACUUCUACUUAGAUGUUGAUAUGAUAACUGACAUUUAAUUUCCUUUUAUUUUUGUACUUGUUUAAGAUUAAUAUGUCUGCCAUUAAUUAACUGUAGUAAAACUUCGAAAGCAUUCAAUGUUUCGCAACACUUGGACAUGCCCACAGCUUUCUGCUGGCAGUACAGUGAUGUUAACAGAUGGAAUACCUAAUUGUAUUUGGUACAUUCGCUCUUUCAAGAAAAACUAGCACUCAUAGAACCAUUUUAUUACGUCUUUUUUCUUAUAAACAUAGUUAAUGUGAUAUUUUUUGCCAAAGCCAUGUCAAAGAUAAUAUGAUGACUUGCCAUACAUAUCAAAGGAGAGAAUAUAAUAAUCUGCCCAAGAACUAGGUUAUUUAGAGGGUACCUUGGAUAGACUACUUUGCAGGGUUUGAGAAUCCUAACCUGCAGUGAUGAUCAAAAUCAUGUAAUUGAAAAAAAUGUCGAAUCAAUCACCAAGAUUAUUUCUAAUUGUUUUGAGCACGUGUAUCACAUAUGAAGUAUUUAAAAAAUAUUUCUGCCUUCCAUAAUUAUGUUGAAUUGAAAGAGAGUAAGAUUAUUGCGUAGAUUCAUGUAUAAAGAAAUACUGUUAUGCUCAGUGGCAGAUAGAGCCACAUUAGAUACAUAGGCCCGUGUUCUGAAGUCAGGUUUAACUUCGACCAUGGUCUAACUCUGUGCUAAAUUAUAGGAAGCCAAACAUUUCAAAAUUUUGUUUGCAUUGAAUGCUUCUCAUGUUAAUAGUGCUCUUCACUAAAUGGUGAAGACAAUUGUCAUACAGUUAAUAAUGCUUUGGGAGUCAAAUGAGCUGAUACAUUGAACCUUGGCCUUCCAUAGUUAAACCACAACUUAAAACCAGAGUUUAAAUUAAACCCAACUUCAGAAUACGGGCCAUCGUGUUUGUGUACAAUAGUGGGCCCCUCCAAAAUAUUGUGUCUAAUCUGGAGAAAGAUCUGUCACUGGUUAUGCUUGCCAU